CAAGCGAAUUAAGUAAAAAAGUCAAUACCAGCAAGAUCAAGAUUAAGAUUGUUAUUGUUUUGGUUUUACUCUUUCAGCCGGCCAGCCUUAGACAAAAAAACAACUUAUUUUGAACCCUAUUUAAGACCCUUCCGGCCCUUAACUGAACCCUACAGAUGCGAUGACACGAAGAUAAACCCCUUAUCUCUAAAUUAAACCCUUAAAAACCAUGAGUAGAUGACUAGAAAGCUGGAAAAAUAAGAUCAAAUAGAGAAGAGUGAGAGUAACUUUUCACUCUCUCUCUCUCUCUGUCUCUGAUGAUUCUAAGGCACGUGGUAAGCUGGGGUGUGCGUGCGCGUGCGUGGGCGUGCUGGGGCGUGCCGAGGUCAACGCAGAUCACGCCCACAGCACGUCUCCUGUCCCCGUGGUGUUCUGGGUCAAGAGGAGUGCUGGGGUGCAUUGUGGGAGGAAGAGAGUCACCACCACAACACCUCCACACCGCCAGCACCACCUGCACCACCGCCUUCACUUGGAGCAGGAGGAGGAGGAGGAGGAGGAGGAGGAGGAAGGAAGAGCUAGGAUUCCUCUCUACCUCCUUUUCUUCCAUCUCCACUGACAGUUCUGAGAGCAGUAGAGGGGAGGAGGAGGUGAAGGAUGACGAGGCACAGCAGCUGGUACCGAUGGAGAUGAACAGAGGAGGUGAAGGUUUGGGGGCCAUGCAAGGCAACGUGGGAGAGGCUGUGAUAUAUGAGCUACAGCGCCUCUUUGCCAUCCCCGAGGAGAGAGCUGUCAGGAUGGUGGGGACUGACAACUUCCUCCUGGUGUCGGACAAAGCUAUCCUGAAGACUCUGUAUUUCCUGAAGGAGCACCAGGUGUCAUCAGAGCAGCUCCAGCGCAUCCCCUGGCUCCUGCUGCAGUCUUCUGACGAGCUGCAGCAGAAGUUCCACAAGCUACGAGGGGCCCAUCUGUUCCUGAGUCUGCCAGAUGGCCUUGGGUUCUGCUUCUUCCCUUACCAGACCAUUGUGAAGCUGCAGCACAAGUUUUCCAGGGAGGCACACCACUUCCCUCACCACCAUAACAGAGUGUACUACCUGGCCCAUAGAUUGCAGAUGCCGGUUCCUUUGGUCACGGAGAAGACAGUGAAGCCAAAACAAGUUCUCUCCAUCGACAUCAAGAAAAUCGACAUCGUUCUCGAUAUUUUUCAAAAGUAUAAUGUGCCGAUGAAGAGCGUGCUGUCGGACUUGUGGGUGUUCUAUCACAACCUGGAGAUAAUUGAGGACAGGCUGAGGCAGGCCACUGAGGCAGGUUGUCCCAACCCCAAACCCUGGAUAUGUCAUGCUGCCCUGCCUAUAUUUGAAAGGUACCUAACGAGGGUGCGGGCGAGGUACAUGGUGCUAGGGAAACAUGGCACCCUGGACAACUAUCUGAGUGAGCGUCUGCAGUGUCCCCUUCAUGAGAUCCAGGCAGCCUUCCGUCGCAAUGAGGGGCUCGCCAACAUUCACGUCGGCCACAUGAAGUCAAAACUGGACCUUAUUCUGGGCGCUGGCUUCACUACUGAGGAUGUUAGGGGCUGCAUGCGAGUCCUGCAGUACUCAGUGAAGAGGACGAGGAGCAGGAUAGAGGAGAUGAGUAGCCUUGGCCUGCACCACUUCUCCAUCAGCGCCCUCUUCAAGCAGCCCAAGACUUACGCUAACAUAGUCCGUAGGGUGAAGAGAGACAGGCUGAGAAAGGAGAGUGGAGGAGGCAAAGGAGGGUGGGUGUCUGGAGAGGAAGAGGGAAGGAAAGUGAAAGAAAGGAGAGAGAAGGAGAAAGGGUGAAGGAAAGGAGGAGGGUGAGUGAUUGGGGAGAAGAGAGGAGGGAAAAAAAGCAGAGAGGUUGGAGGAAAGGAGAACGAGGAAGCGAUGAAAGGAAAGGAGGAGGUUGAGUGACUGGGGAAGGAAGGAAGAGAAGGAGGAGAAAGGAAGAAGGAAUUGUAAGGAAGAUGAGAGUAAGUAAAAGAAAUAAAUGUGUGCAAAGUUCUCAAUGGAAAUGAAUCAGGAAAUGUGAAAGUUUGUACAGGAAAUAAUAGAAAAAGAAUGAAAAUAUACAGUGUCAUUAAU